GGGACAGAGGUAGGGGAGAGGGAGGUGUUGAUCCAGAGACAGUGACCCACACGAGAAUAUUUGAAGGGUCGUGGGGUGUGCGUGCAUCCAGUGUGACUCCAGGGUGAGAGACUGGAGUGGAGACACAGCUAGUUUUAGAGAUUAGAGAAAGAGACCACCCUCUUCUAGCGAGUUCUUUCUCCUCCCCUCCUCUCUCUUGGCUCUUGCAUAUAGCUUGUUCUUUUGGUAGCCACUUCCUAUCUCCUCCUCGAUAUUGCUCUGUGCUAUAGCUUGCUCUUGCUGUUUGUCGCUGAGCAACAUGGCUUUCCUUGUGGAGAGGUGCAGCGGUGAGAUGGCUCUGUCCAUGGAGUCGCGCUCGCAGCACACGUCGCCGGUGAUGAUGAAGCCAGUGCCGGCUCCCUUCCUGACCAAGACGUACCAGCUCGUCGACGACCCUUGCACCGACCAGGUGGUAUCGUGGGGGGAGGACGAGACCACCUUCGUGGUGUGGCGGCCGCCGGAGUUCGCAAGGGACCUCCUCCCCAACUACUUCAAGCACAACAACUUCUCCAGCUUCGUCAGGCAGCUCAACACCUAUGGCUUCAGGAAGAUAGUGGCUGACAGGUGGGAGUUCGCCAACGAGUUGUUCAGGAAGGGCGCCAAGCACCUCCUGUCAGAGAUCCACCGGAGGAAGUCCGCUUGCUCGCACCCUCCGCCGCUGCAGCCGCCGCUCCACCGCCCGCACCAUGAGCUGCAGCCUUACCUCAGUCUCUUCUCGCCGUCGCCUCUCCAGGCCUACCUCCCUUUCCAGGACAACUCCUCCUCCCCGGCGCCAGCGGACAGCAGCAGCGGGGACUUCAUGGCGGCGCUGUCGGAGGACAACCGGCAGCUGCGGCAGCGCAACUCGCUGCUGCUGUCGGAGCUGGCGCACAUGCGGAGGCUCUACAACGACAUCAUCUACUUCCUGCAGAACCACGUGGAGCCGGUGCCGCCGUCCACGCCCGCGCUGCCGGCCGGCUACUGCAGGCUGGUGGAGCUCGGCGGCCAUGUCAAUGAGCGUGGCGCCGGCUCACCGCCGCAGGCGAAGCCUAGGCCGCGAGACGACGAUGACGCGGCGGUGAAGCUGUUCGGCGUGAGGCUAGACGAGGGCAAGAAAAGGAAGGUGCAGCAGCUGGUAGAAGAAGGCGAUGACGACCAUGGCGACGGCGAUGGCGAUGACCAGGGAAGUACUGAGGUCUAGGUGUGUAACCGUGUAGCUAGCUAGGCUCAUCGUAGCAGUAGCACGUAUGAUGCGUGUAGUUUUAAUCGAUCGUGUACAUACAGAGAGGAGAUCUAGCUCGGUGCGUGCGUGUAGCUAGGCUUCCAUUUCGUGUGGCCUAAACGUUUUGAGCCGAAUGAGUGCAAGUAGUAGUCCUAAUUGACAUGUUGAACUUUCAUUA